CCCAUCGACCCGCAGCCGCCGCUCUCCGCGAAACUCACCUUCUGCAACAUCGCCCGAAGCUCAAGCUCGCAUCCACGCCAGCACCGCCGUUUUCUUCUUCUCAUAUUUUAUUAAACUUCAUCACAACCUAACAGCAAACGUCAUGGCUGAGAUUCGCCGAAAGCUCGUCAUCGUCGGCGAUGGUGCCUGCGGUAAAACCUGUUUGUUGAUUGUCUUCUCCAAGGGCACUUUCCCCGAGGUCUACGUCCCCACCGUCUUCGAGAACUACGUGGCCGAUGUUGAGGUCGACGGAAAGCACGUCGAGCUCGCCCUAUGGGAUACUGCUGGCCAGGAGGAUUACGACCGUCUUCGACCCCUGUCCUACCCCGACUCUCACGUUAUCCUGAUCUGCUUCGCCGUCGACUCCCCCGAUUCCCUCGACAACGUCCAGGAGAAGUGGAUCUCCGAGGUUCUGCACUUCUGCCAGGGUCUCCCCAUCAUCCUCGUCGGUUGCAAGAAGGAUCUCCGAUACGAUCAGAAGACGAUCGAGGAGCUUCGCAAGACCAGCCAGAAGCCCGUUUCUCCCGAAGAGGGUGAGGAGAUCCGUAAGAAGAUCUCUGCCUACAAGUACCUCGAGUGCUCGGCCAAGACCAACGAGGGUGUCCGUGAGGUGUUUGAGCACGCCACCCGGGCUGCCCUGCUGUCCCGCAGCAAGGGCGGCAAGAGCCACAAGAAGUGUCUUGUUCUGUAGAGGACGGCGCGAAGCCCCUCUGAGCGAAGCGCAGGCAUACGUGCUGCGGCUCGACCCUGCGUUGUAAUCCAUCGUCGUUCCAGUUCACCCUCAACUUGGCCCCGGCAGUUCGGAUGAUACGGGUUCGCGACAGCCAAGAAGGCGACGGCUGUCGACAUGCAUCGGUUUUCUCGGAAUCUGGAGUUUGAUAUCGUCUCGCUCUUGUCUGGUCCAUCGGCCUACGCGCCGACCUUUCUCGCUGGAUUGAUGGUUUUCUUGUCGGCGGAGCCCACGAUUUCUUGGACCUCCUGAAGUCUUAGCAGCUGCGGGAGGUUGCUAUACCGACAGAUACCUCGUCUUUUUUCUUAUCACCAUGGCAGGCGAGCGGGACCUUUGUUUUAUGUAUCUGCGUAUUGUGUAUGGGGGAGGUGGGCCAGAUGUCUUUUUUCUUGCUUGGGCUGCCGAGGAGAAGGAUGAGGAGUGACUCCCGCCCCCGACUCUGGGGUCCUUUGCCUAUCGGCGGAAGCUGAUGGUGAUGGAUGGUCAAGAUGGUUGGGGAGGCCAUGGGAGGCUCCGUGGGCCGGUGACGGUGACGGCGAGAGCGUUUGUGUGUAUGGAAUUGGGGUCCGGCUGGGGGAACCUUGUCGGGCCAGGUCAUAAAUUUUUCAUUUUUUCUCUUGAAGCCUCGAGACCGUUAUUUAGAUCAUGGAGAUGGGACAUCUAUUGCGUAGGGCCUGCCUGUUUAAUCAUUGUUUUUGUCGCAA